AUGGUAGGUCCGUGUAUACCACAAAGAUCUAAUUGUGCGGAUUGCGGUUCUUCUUGUGAUACCAUUAAUGACUUCAUCUUACCGGGCGAUGCAGGUACAGCGAUAAAUGACAUAGGAACAGGAUGUGUGGGUUUCAGUGGCUAUGAUGAUCGUACAAACGAGAGCCUUUGUCUAAGCCACAAUACUUACAAUUUAACUGUCUCGUGUAAUUAUCCUUCGAGCGAACUGUUUUCGGUUUGGAUCGACUUUAAUAAAAAUGGUGUAUUUGAAACAACAACGGAGCAAAUCAUUAGCAACUACGGGGGAAUAACUACAUCAAGAACAACAAUACCAUUUACAAUUCCAGGCAAUGUACAGGCUGGUGUUUACACAAUGCGUGCAGUUGUUGCUUUUGCUGGCGGUAACCCUGAUCCUUGCAUUGCAACUGGCUUCAUACAAGAUGGUGAAACACAUGAUUAUACUGUAGUAAUUACGAAUGCUAACUGA